GCCAAUUUCAAGGACUGUCUACGCCAAGCCGGCUUCCAAAUACUGGAUGGUGUAAGUCACGUAGCUUUCUUUCUGCAAACAGUGGGCAUGCUAACCUUUUCGUUCGUUCGUUUGUUUUUUUUUUUGCAUGAAUGACGCCUGUUUUUAUGUAUCGCGGAGGUGGCCGAAUGAACCGAUAACCGAAUCGGCAAAGGAUGUCAUUGCUGUUAUUAACGAUGGACAACCAGUUAAAGCGGUAAUAAUGGACUUCGAUUACAAUGUGAACAAUAUUAAGCUGCUGCGUGCGCAGAUGUAUUUGCAAAAAGGUGCCCUGUUCAUCGCUGGGGUUACGGAUGAAUUGUUAUCAGUAGGAUCUGAGAUGCGUUAUUUUGGCCCAGGCUGUUAUGUUGAGAUACUUCAGCGUGUGACAGGCCGGAACCCUAUUGUACUGGCCAAGCCAGGGCUUCCAUUGAACGAUGCACUCAAAAAGAUGUUUUCAAUUGAAACCCCGCGCCAGGUACUGUUUGUAGGAGACCGGCCCGAAAUAAACAUAAAGUUUGGACAUAUUUCAAACUAUCAAACGCUUCUGGUUGGUACAGGGCGCUACAAAGAAGAAGAUUUGAAGAGGCUUGCUGAGAAACCGGACGAGCUUCCCGAUUACUACAUCGAUUCAUUUGCCGAUUUGGAGAAAAUUGUAACGGAAGUCGUUGCGUACAAGACAGCUAAGCAAGCAAACAUUGAACCUUAGAUUGAUGAUCAAGGAAACGAUUCAUUUUUUUAUAUUCACUUUUUCUUAUUACAUGUAUCCUAUUAUUCUUCGUAUAUCAUACACAACAC